AUGUGGACCACCGCUACGGACGAGCUUCCAGAUGAACUUUGGUUGGAGCAAUCCAUAAACACGGCGGGCUACUUGGGCGCUAUUGGAUAUGGGUUGCACAUUGCUGUUCACUUCGCUGCCACACACUAUUUAUUGACGAGCCAAAAUCCACUUCGAUGGAAGCUCCAUGCAGUCAACACCACGAUCUUCGCAUUAGGGACAAUCCACAUUGCCACCACAAUCCGUUUUGCGCAACAAGCCUGGAUCUUUGAGCGGGGCUACGAUGGCGGUCCGUACGCCUUUCUGCUGCACGAGGAGUCACGGCCAAUUGUCCUCGUGGGCCUCUCCGCCGCCAGCAUAGCCGGCUUCCUGAUCGACGGACUCCUGCUAUGGCGGAAUUAUGUUGUAUGGCGGUCAUGGUAUGUCCUCAUCCUGCCAGGAUGUGUGUAUAUUGUCAAUAUAGUUUUAACAGUAGCGAACAUUGUCCAGUCGGCGCACACCUACAUAGGCACUUGGGGCCCCAACCUUGGCAUUGCAUGCUGGGCGACGUCGAUGACCCUCAACAUGCUGCUUACCACGCUAAUUGCGGCGAAGAUACUCUACCAUCGGCGAAGACUUCUCACCAACGGCCUCGUCAAUGCCUCCGCUGCGUACUUGGGCGCCGCGUCCAUGCUGAUCGAAACGGCGUUCCCCGUUGCCCUCAUAUCAUGCAUCUUCAUCAUCCUCUACGCGAGACAGAACACCGCCGAGAAUCUCUUUAUACCCCUUAUUGCUCAAGUUUAUUGCGUCGCCCCGCAACUCAUCAUCAUCCAAGUCUACCGUGGACAGGCAUGGACAGGCGCUACCGUGACACGCGCUCAAGAGUGCUCCACACUCCCAUCUGUGCAGCAGCAGCGGCAGCAGCCGAAACUAGGGUCGGCUGGGGACAUCUCGAGCAUCCACUUCGGGCAACGGCAGAGUGCACACUGCCCGGUGCCCGAAAUGCUGCAUACUGCAACGUCUACGGAGGAUUUGGCGUCGACUGAGGCGUUCGAGAAACAUCAUCUGGAUGCUUCGGAGAUAUGGCACAAUAAGUCAGCGGUAUGA